AGUAGAUGGGCGGGAUGAGUGGGGGUUAAAGGUCAUAAUCUGAUGUAUUGAUCUGUUCAGAUGAGUGGGGGUUAAAGGUCAUUCUGAUGUAUUGAUCUGUUCAGAUGAGUGGGGGUUAAAGGUCAUUCUGAUGUAUUGAUAUGUUCAGAUGAGUGGGGGUUAAAGGUCAUUCUGAUGUAUUGAUCUGUUCAGAUGAGUGGUCUCGGCCCAUCUUCGGCCUCACGUCGAACUACAAAGCAAUGACGAGAGAGGAGAGGCAGCAGAGAGACCUGGACCAGCAGAUGCCUCAGAAACAGAGACUCAGCUCGGGGGGGCAGACGCCUCGCAGGGACCUGGAGAAACAGCUGACCGGAGAGGAGAAAGCUCUGAGACCAGGAGACCCCGGGUUCUGCGCCCGCGCCCGCGUGCCCAUGCCCUCCAACAAGGACUACGUGGUGAGACCCAAGUGGAACAUCGAGAUGGAGUCAAACAGGAAAGGCAGUAAGAAGGGCAUCAGCCGAUUGGAGAAGCACAAGCGACGCAUCGCGGACCAGAGGAAGCUGACGCGCCUGCAGGGAGCCGUGAAGAUCAGCGUGGAGGGCAACAGGAUGCCUCUGUAGCUGCUGGUGCAGUUCCGGCUGACGCCUGCAGGGGGCGUAAGUCCUGCUGCAUGGUGUGCAGGAAUGAGUCCUGAACUGGACAUGAGUCAGCGCUUCCUGUUCCCUCUGCAGUGGUUUAAUGUGGUUAUAGGUUGUUAUCCUGGAAUAAAGUCUGUGGUUAACACAAGCUGAAGAGAUUUAGAUUCUUCCAUCAGUAAAUACCCCACAAAGUGUCUGAAUGAGACUUCAGCGGUGGUCACGUGAAGUCAUGUGACCGUGCUGUAGUUCCUUUAUAGCCCAACAUUAGCAACCACUCACUAACCUGUUGGUGUUUUGA